GGGGCGGCCCGGGGGGCGGCCCGGGAGGGGGCACGGCCCGGGGGGCAGCGCAGCCGCGGGCCGCGCCGGCCGGGACAGCGGGGCUUUAUCGCCACCGUCGCUGCCUUCGCCUGUGUCCCGGCGGGGUGUGCGUGAGAGCGCCGGGCACUCCCCGCGCCGCUUUAUGUAACCCGCACCCGGUUAUAAAACCGCCGAGGCAGCGCUGCCGCCGCCACAGCAUCGCCGGGAGCGCCGCGGCACCGCGAGGUUUUUAAAAGUAUGACUGACUCUUCCCUGAGAAGUUCACUACUUCUGCAGUGAUGGAUAUUAUUGGUCCUACUGAUUAUCACCCUCUCAGUCCUGGGAGGAAAGAAGUGUAGAUGAUGGGAACUGCUCCAAACAGUGACCUGAAAAAACUCCAUGCAGUGGAGCUUGACUUGUGUAACAAGGACAUGAUGGCAGACACAUUCGAUCACAGCAUUAUUUCUGUUGGAGAAGAGGAAGGAGUGGGCAAUUUCCAACGUUCUGUUCCAACACAAGAGUCCCUCCGAUUGCCUCGGGGCUCUGUUGUGAGUUUCCAUAACAUCCAGUACUCUGUUAAGCAAUCCAGUGGAUUCCUGUGUAAACGGAAAACUAUGGAAAAGAAGAUCCUUCAUAAUGUUUAUGGCAUUAUGAAGCCAGGCUUGAAUGCUAUCCUCGGGCCAACAGGGAGCGGGAAGUCUUCUCUCCUAGAUGUGCUGGCUGCCAGAAAGGACCCAGCAGGCCUGUCUGGAGAAGUGCUUAUAGAUGGCAUCCCACAGCCUCCAAAUUUCAAGUGCAUCUCAGGAUAUGUUGUGCAGGAUGAUGUUGUCAUGGGCACAAUGACGGUGAGGGAGAACCUGCACUUCUCUGCUGCCCUGCGACUCCCCAGUUCCAUCAGCGUUAAAGAGAAGGAAGAAAGAGUCACCCAGAUAAUCAGCGAGCUGGGAUUAAGCAAAGUGGCUGAUGCUAAGGUAGGAACUGAAUUGAUCCGAGGAGUGUCUGGAGGGGAACGGAAGAGAACCAACAUUGGGAUGGAGCUCAUUACAGAGCCACCAGUCCUUUUUCUUGAUGAGCCAACAACCGGCCUUGAUGCCAGCACAGCCAAUGCAGUCCUCAUCCUCUUGAAGAAACUCUCAAGAAGAGGGCGAACCAUCAUAUUUUCCAUCCAUCAGCCCCGCUAUUCCAUAUUCAAGCUGUUUGACAGUCUGACAUUAUUAGCUUUGGGAAAGGUGCUGUACCAUGGUCCUGCAAAGGAGGCCCUGGAGUACUUUAGCUCUAUUGGAUAUGAAUGUGAACCCUUCAACAAUCCAGCUGACUUCUUCCUUGAUAUCAUAAAUGGUGAUUCAACUGCUGUGGCAGCAAGCAAGGAAGAUCACAGAUCUAUGGACAUAGGAAAAGAGGUGAGCAAUGAAAAUGGAGUGGCAGAAGAUAAUGUGGUCAGCAGUGUGGUAGAUGUACUGCACCAGAAAUAUCUCAACUCCAGCCUGUAUCAGAGCACAAAGGAAGCACUGGCGAAAGUGGAGCUUGGACAGGGAAGCAAGCAGAGAGUAUCCAAGCAGGGGCAUGAGAUUACCUAUGCAAAUGGAUUCCUCACCCAACUGUACUGGGUGUCCAAGCGUUCCCUGAAAAACCUUAUCAGGAACCCACAGGCCUCCAUUGCACAAAUUGCAGUGACCAUCAUUCUAGCCCUGGUUGUGGGUGCUAUCUUUUUUGGUGUGAAAUCAGAUCGAAGUGGCAUUCAGAAUCGGGUUGGGUCUUUGUUUUUUGUCACCACGAACCAGUGUUUCUCCAGUGUCUCUGCAAUUGAGCUUUUCAUCAGAGACAAGAAAUUAUUUGUCCAUCAGUACACCAGUGGAUAUUACCGUGUGUCUGCCUACUUCCUGGCCUUGAUGAUAGGAGAUCUGCUGCCCAUGAGAACUGCUCCAGCCAUCAUAUUCUCAUGCAUCACUUACUGGAUGAUUGGAUACCAAGCUGUUGCAGGUCGAUUCUUCUUCUUCAUGCUGAGCCUGGUACUGGUGUCAUACACUGCCACAGCCAUGUCUCUGGCUAUCAGUGCUGGGAUGGAUGUGGUGGCUGUGGCCAAUCUGCUCAUCACUAUUUGUUUUGUCCUGAUGCUUAUCUUUUCAGGCCUCUUAGUAAACCUCCCUUCUGUAAUGGCCUGGUUGAACUGGCUCAAGUACUUCAGCAUCCCCCGAUACGGCCUCACUGCUCUUCAAGUGAAUGAGUUCAGAGAUCUCUACUUCUGUGGUGAGAAGAAUCCAAAUGUUACAGCAUCUGUGGGAGAUGGAAGCAGUUGUCCCCCUGAAAUUUCAGGAGAAAUGUGUUCUGGGGAAGCAUACCUGUGCAGCCAAGGAAUUGCACCUACCGACUGGGCAAUGUGGGAAAACACAGUGGCUCUCUUCUGCAUGACUGUUAUUUUCCUUGUCAUUGCCUAUGCAAAACUCCGGUUUAUGAGGAAGUUCACAUGAGUGAACACUCCUGUGUUGCCUUGCUCUGCAGCUUCUCCAGUCUUAAAAAAAACCUGCAGAAUUUGCAGCAGCAAAUUUACAGCUUGCCAAAAGAUUUUACCUUACUUUAUUGGACUUGAGAUGGGAACCCUGUCCCCUUGUUUCUGGAUUGUACGCUUUUGAUUUUUAAGAAGAAAUGCAUUAAUGUGCAUUAUAUACGUGAUUUUUUUAAAUAUUUUUUUUUUAAGAAAAUACCAUACUCAGUAUUUCUUAAGUACAUGUCAAACUGUAUGUUGUAAAGCAUUAUUCUUCUGUGGCCAACUUACACAGGAAAUAUCCAAAGGGAAACAUUUCACAAAUAGCAUAAGGUGAUGAUGGCAUUUAUGCAUUGACACGUUGUCCCUUGUCAGUGCCCAUCACAUCUGAGGAGAGCCAGAAACCAUUCACAGGAUGUUGGAGAUGCAUUUGAAGUCAGUACAGGGAGCAACCACUCCUUGCCAAGCAAGAACAAUUUUACUUCUAGUAGCUUCUCAGCAGAAGCUACUUGCAGAAACAACUUUUUGAUUAAAACCUAAGCAGCCGUGGUGUGAAACAUCUCAUUAACAGUGAGAAACAGAUACUGUAAAAAAAACCCCAACAAUCCCAAACUGAACCACCUCCCUCAAAAUUACUACUUCAGAGGGGAGGAAAUUCCUUUUAUUAAUGUUUUUAAAUAAAGUUUGUAUAUGUAGCAA